GCAGAGAUUUAAAUGCGCGCCGUCACGCCACAGAACAACCUGUUCACCUACAGCCAACACAAAAGCAGAGAUUUGCAGCAGAGGAGCGACUAUAUUAUUAGUUUAGAAAUUAAAUUUCAGCCUUAAGUCUAGUGUAGGACACCGAUACAAUGAAUAAACUCAGUCCGGUCAGUAACCUUGUCAAGUUUAUCUCGAAGUCGUCUGAUAAUGGGACAGUCAGCGGGGAACAGAUGUGCAUGGACGACUGCAGACCUCUUUGUCGCUGCGGGUCGGAUCCUUGCAUUUGUGGUUUCUCACAAAACAGCAAAGACGGACUCAAGGAAAAUAAGAAGAAUAAAGGUCCACAUGACGCCUGGACCCCUCAACAACAUGCUUUUGAUAAUCUUGGUUUUGAGCCAGGGGGCCCCAAUGAAUUGAAGACCAGUUUGGGUCACCUCGCCCGGGUCCAGAUGGGAGAGAUGGUGGUGGAGGAGAGUGAGGUGAAGAUCAGGGUGCAAGGAAUGACCUGUCAGACAUGCGUCCGAUCUAUUGAAGAACGGCUUAGAACUCUUCAAGGGGUUCUAAAUGUCCAGGUGUCUUUGAGCGAUAAAGAAACAUCUGUGAGGUUUCACCCUUCAAAGGUAACACCUGAGGUUUUGAGAGGACACAUAGAGGACAUGGGGUUUGAUGCCUCAAUUCUGGUCUUGCCUAGUCAACUACAGCCUGCGGCAACUGGGACUUGUGCUGCGCCCAUCUCCGCUGAUUGGUCUGAGGUGACUUUAGGUGUAGAAGGGAUGCAUUGUGGGUCUUGUGUCAAGAACAUAACUGAGACCUUAUCAGGAAUAUUAGGUGUCAACUUUGUAUUUGUGUCAUUGGAAAAAGGAAGUGUGGACCUUAGAUUUGACCCAUCUCUGUUAACCUUGGAGACAGUUAAAGGUUUGUUGGAGGAGAUUCCACCUGGGAAUUUUAGGGUUUCCAUACCUGGUUGGAACUCAGAAUCCAGAUCGAAUUCUUUGGUCAGUAUUUCAUCACAGCGCGUCACCAUCAAAAUAGAAGGAAUGACAUGCAUCUCUUGUGUUCAAGCCAUAGAGGAAAUGGUGUCCCAGAGAGCUGGGGUACAUUCCAUAAAGGUUUACUUACAGGAAAAGAAGGGAAUUGUAACAUUCGACUCCAGCUUGACCUGUCCAGAAGAACUGCAGGCAGCAAUCGAGGACAUGGGAUUUGAAGCGUGGCUAGAACAAGAUUCUGCCAUUUGUAAAGGUUCAUCUAGGAUUCAGAGGUCUAGUGGUUUGAAACACCUGCCCCCAAAAAGCUGUAUCCAGACACCUAGGUCUUCACCAAAUUUCAUCAACAAAGACAACCGCAGUGGUUCUGAGGAAAGAGAGACACAGAAAAUUUUUGUUCAGGUGACAGGGAUGACCUGCGCAUCCUGUGUGGCCAACAUUGAGAGAAACCUGUUGAAACAUGAAGGUAUUAAAUCAGUAUUGGUUGCCCUGAUGGCUGGUAAGGCAGAGGUGAGAUAUGAUGCAGUGCUUUUGGACCCAGCUCGAAUUGUCCAGCUAAUCUCUGCUCUGGGGUUUGGUGCUUCAGUGAUGGAGGAGAACACAUUCUUGGAUGGCGUCCUGGAUCUCUCUGUCACUGGUAUGACAUGUGCUUCCUGUGUCCAUAACAUCGAAAGCAAACUUUUGAGGACAAAGGGAAUUUUGGAAGCCUCUGUUGCCUUGGCAACAAACAAAGCUCAUGUGAAGUUUAACCCUGAUUUGGUGGGCUCUCGGGACAUUGUCAGAAUUAUUGAGGGCUUGGGUUUUGGAGUGUCUUUGAUAAAGAAUGAGGGAUUUGGGAAGAACACUUUAGACCAUCAUGAGGAGAUUCGGCAAUGGAAGCACUCAUUUCUGUUCAGUCUGGUGUUUGGGAUCCCAGUAAUGGGUCUAAUGAUCUACAUGAUGGUGAUGGACAGUCAACACAAGGAACACGGUGGUUCCAUGCCUGUAGACCAAAACAUCCUACCUGGUCUCUCUACCCUUAACUUGGCCUUCUUCCUGCUUUGCACACCAGUUCAGUUUCUAGGUGGCCGUUACUUCUACAUACAAGCGUACCGUUCGCUAAGACAUGGUGUAGCCAACAUGGACGUGCUCAUUGUCUUGGCAACCACCAUCGCGUAUGUGUAUUCCUGCAUAGUGCUGAUCGUUGCCAUGAUUGAAGGAGCUAAACAGAGCCCACUCACAUUUUUUGAUACACCUCCGAUGCUUUUUGUGUUCAUCGCUCUAGGACGCUGGCUGGAGCAUGUAGCUAAGUGUAAAACUUCUGAGGCUCUGGCAAAACUCAUGUCUCUACAGGCAACGGAUGCCACUAUAGUGUCCCUGGGUCCAGACAACACUAUUAUCAGAGAGGAGCAGGUGUCUGUGGAGUUGGUGCAGAGGGGUGACGUGGUGAAGGUGGCACCGGGAGGAAAGUUUCCUGUUGAUGGGAAGGUGAUCGAGGGCACAUCUAUGGCAGACGAGUCCCUAAUCACUGGGGAGCCAAUGCCAGUCAUCAAGAAACCAGGCAGCUGUGUGAUAGCAGGUUCUAUUAAUGCUCAUGGAGCUCUGCUGGUGAAAGCCACACAUGUAGGUGCAGAGACCACGCUCAGUCAGAUAGUUAAACUAGUGGAAGAGGCCCAGACAUCAAAGGCGCCGAUUCAGCAGUUGGCUGACAAACUGAGCAGCUAUUUUGUUCCAUUUAUAGUUGUCAUCUCGAUUCUUGUAGUGGUGCUAUGGCUCAUCAUUGGCUUUAUGGACUUCGACAUAGUGGCACAGUAUUUUCCUGAUUACGACCAAAACAUCUCCCGGACAGAUGUGAUUGUCCGGUUUGCCUUCCAGGCCUCCAUCACGGUUCUGUCCAUUGCGUGCCCCUGCUCUCUGGGUCUGGCAACACCGACUGCCGUUAUGGUGGGCACAGGGGUGGGUGCCCAGAAUGGCAUUCUUAUAAAGGGUGGAGAACCUCUGGAAAUGGCCCACAAGGUAGGGGCUGUUAUGUUUGAUAAGACGGGCACCAUUACUAACGGGGUGCCGCAAGUGACACGUGUACUGGUACUGUGGGACCGAGCAAGGCUUCCUCUCCGGAAGGUUCUGGCUGUGGUGGGCACCGCUGAGGCCAGCAGUGAACAUCCGUUGGGCAUGGCUGUCUCCAAGUAUUGCAAAGAGGAGUUAGGAACAGAAAGCCUGGGGCACUGCUAUGACUUCCAGGCAGUUCCUGGCUGUGGAAUAAGUUGUAAAGUCUCCAACAUUGAGGAUCUGCUACAGAACAGCCCAAAAUAUCAAGCAAUGCCCACAGCAAAACCCACACCACUUCUGCUCACCCUCCAAGGAGCCACCACAGAUGAGAGCAGCCUGUUGGCAGACACAGAUGCAGGGUCAGACAGCCCCUCAUACUCUGUUUUGAUCGGGAACAGACAGUGGAUGAUGAGGAAUGGUUUGGAGGUCACUGCUGAUGUGGAUGAUGCCAUGAGCAGCCAUGAGACUAAAGGCCAGACGGCCAUACUUGUGGCUAUUGACGGAGUUCUGUGUGCUAUGUUAGCUGUGGCAGACACAGUGAAGGCAGAGUCAGCUCUAGCUGUUCGCACCCUAAGCAGUAUGGGAAUAGAGGUCUUCAUGAUCACAGGAGACAACAGACGCACAGCCCGAGCCAUUGCCACACAGGUGGGCAUCAGGAAGGUGUUUGCUGAGGUCUUGCCCUCUCAUAAAGUGGCAAAGGUUCAAGAAUUGCAAGAAAGAGGUCUUAAAGUUGCUAUGGUAGGUGACGGGGUCAACGACUCGCCUGCUCUUGCCCAUGCUGAUCUAGGCAUCGCCAUUGGAACGGGCACUGAUGUUGCCAUAGAGGCAGCAGAUAUUGUUCUUAUACGGAAUGAUUUGCUGGAUGUGGUGGCCAGUAUUGAGCUGUCUAAAAAGACUGUGCAGAGAAUCCGGAUUAACUUUGUGUUUGCUCUCAUUUACAACUUGCUUGGCAUCCCUAUUGCUGCAGGUGUGUUUAUGCCUGCUGGACUGGUGCUGCAGCCCUGGAUGGGUUCUGCUGCGAUGGCAGCUUCAUCUGUCUCUGUUGUGCUCUCCUCUUUACUGCUGAGACUCUACAAGAAGACAUCAGUAGAAGAGUAUGAGUUAAGAGCUCAGGGUCAUAAACUCAGUCUGAGUCCAUCUCAGGUCAGCACCCACGUGGGACUGGAGAACCGUCGCUGCAGCCCUCUUUCAUUCCGCAGAGACAGACACAGGCAGAGCCGAUCUGGCUCAGGCUCCUCCACCCUGAACCCAAGCUCCUCCCAACUCUCCACAACACAACCAUACAGCCCAUCACACUACUCUCGACUAGAGCCUGAUGUGACAGGACGAAGCUUCAUCCUGUAGAAGAAUUAACCAGGAGUAUGUCAUUGGGUCAGAUAAACUUUCAGAGUACUUAGUAUGCUCUGUGUCUAUAAACUGCCAUCACUUGUCCUUAUUUUAUUACAUUUUAUAUUAUAGUCUUCAGCAGGGGGCACUGCAGGGGGUUUGCCAAUUGUUUGAACUCAAACUAUUUAUCAUGUAUUAAACAAAAGCACAAUAUUAAAGUGAUAGUGUAUGACUUUCUUUCUUCUGCUGAACACAAACAAGGAUUUUUAGAAGAAUAUCUCAGCUCUGUUGGUCCUUACAAUGCAAGUGAAUCGUGACCAGGCCUUUGAAGCUCUAAAAAUCACAUAAAUACCACAUAAAAGUAAUCCAUAUGACUUCAGUGGUAACAUCCAUAUCUUAAUAUAAAAGCGAUAUGAUAAGUAUGGGUGUGAGAAACAGAUCAACAUUUAAGUCCUUUUUUACUAUAAAUCUCCACUUUCACUUUCACAUUAAUAAGACAUUUCUUCUUUUGUUUUUGGCAGUUCACAUUCUUUGUGCAUAUCACCACGUACUGGGCAGGGAGGAUAAUUUAUAGUAACCCCCCCCAAAAAAAUAAAUGACUUAAAUAUUGAUCUGUUUCUCAUCCAUACCUAUCAUAUUGCUUCUGAAGAUAUGGAUUUAAACACUGGAGUCGUAUGGAUUACUUUUAUACUGCUUCUAAGUGCUUUUUGGACCUUAAAAGUUCUGUCCACCAUUCACUUGCAUUGUAUGGACCAACAGAGCUGAGAUAUUCUAAAAAACAUUUGUUUGUGUUCUAAAGAAGAAGGUUAUACACAUCUGAGAUGGCAUGGGGGUGAAUAAAUGAAAAUGUUAACUUAAACAAUCCUUUUAAGUUAUCUUCAACCAAAGCUAAAGAAGGUAGAAUUCAUCUAAAUGCUUCAUUGUACCUUACACAUUAAUAAUGUAUUAAGUAAACUUGCAUUAUAAAUUAUAAUAUACAAGUAUAUGACUGUACAUCGAUAAUGAUUAUUUAAUGGCUUUGCAAUGUAAGCAUCAUAACAAAGUGUGUAAAUACAUUAAUAUGGUACUAUACACAUGUUAUUACAUAGAAUAUGUUACAGAGGGUCCUUGCUCCAUCUCUUUUUCCACUAAGGUUGAAGACCCUGAUAUAAAUGUACUGAAACAGUGUCAUGGAUAAAACUGAUCCUCAGUCAGCACUUUGCCACUAUGAAGUUUCUAGAAAUGUAAUCAGUUAUUUGUUGAUCUUUAAGAGUGCUGAUUUGGGAUCAGGGUUAUCUAAUGCCCCCUUGAUCCAGAUCAUAAUUUGUGUACAAAAAUAAAGCUAUAUAUAUAUAUUUGUGGCUCCCUACUAUGGUAAGGGGUAGGUGUAGGGGUGGGCUUUAGGGAUAGGAGCCAAUCAGGUAGUAGGGAGUCAGAUUUCACCAUACCACCGGCUCACUAGUGGUAUGAUGACCAUCCUCUUUGGGUUCCAGUUUUCAGUGUCUAUCUUUUGAAUAUACACCAUACAGUUUUCUUUUUUUGUUUUACUAUUUUACAAGUGGUGCAUUUUUUAAAAGUCUUUGUACAAAACUCUUGCUCACACUAACUGCCGUCACGCUUUUAUUAGGACUGUAAAUAUUUUCUUUUACAUAAUCAUUAUUAUAAAGAUGAUUGUGUAAUAAUAAUUUAAUCGCUAAAACACAACAGAAUUAUCUUGUUUCAAUGAGGUCAUUCAUUGUAAUGACCAGUGAAUUCCAUAGCAAACAAUGCAGGAAACAUGUUUUGAGUAAGUUGUCACAUUUCACAUGUUUCAAUGGUUUGAAAUUUGUGUUACAUUUCAAUUUUUGCUGUUUAAUAAAGUUUCAUUGUUUCAAUUACUGAAAAAAAGUCAUUAAAUAGCUUAUAAUACAUAUUCAAUACACAUAUGUUGUGUAAGAUAGUUUUAUUUGUAUUACUCUAGAUUUAUUUA